AUGAGGCUUAGGAGACAAGUGGAGCUGCCGUUGCAGAGACCAGCACUAGCCAUGGGAAGAGCUGCCCAGAAAACCCUCCUCUCUUUACUCUGUCUAGCAGCAGCGGUUUGUCAGGCUCAGGACACCUGCCCAGAGGUGAGCUUAGUGGGUUUCAACAGUACCGAUAGACUCUCCAUUUUCCAAGGCUGCCCUGGAAUUCCAGGUGUCACAGGGCCCAGAGGAGACCCAGGAAAUGCAGGAACGCGAGGACAACGGGGACCUCCGGGGAUCCCUGGAAAGGCGGGGAAAGCUGGCCCAAAAGGAGAAAGAGGUCCUGCUGGCCCCACUGGAGUGAAAGGAGAUAAAGGAGCCCUGGGAGCUACGGGAGCCCCUGGAACAGCUGUGGAGGAAGACCUGGAAGACAUACAGUGUAAGAAAGGAGCAAAGAACUGCAAGGAGCUGUUAGCCAAAGGGAACAUCAUGAGCGGCUGGUACACCAUCUACCCCCGUGACUGUAACGCCAUGACCGUGCUGUGUGACAUGAACACAGAUGGUGGAGGAUGGAUUGUGUUCCAGAGACGGGUGGAUGGCUCUGUGGAUUUUUACCGUGACUGGAAUUCAUACAAAAGAGGUUUUGGCAGCCGGCUGUCAGAAUUCUGGCUGGGGAACGACAAGAUCCACCUGUUAACAUCCCUUGGUCCCAAUGAGCUUCGCGUCGAUCUCAGAGAUUUUGACAACAACUAUGAAUUUGCUAUCUUCUCAUCAUUCAAAAUUGCAGGAGAGACUGAGAAAUACAUGCUGUUCAUUGGACCCUAUGUUAAUGGCACUGCAGGGGAUUCUUUAAUCGAACACAACGGCAUGAUGUUUUCAACCCAGGACCGUGACAAUGACAUGUCUCUAACUAACUGUGCUGUAGCCUUUAAAGGGGCCUGGUGGUACCGGGAUUGUCAUAUGUCCAACCUGAAUGGAUUAUACCUGAAAGGAGCCCAUGAAAGCUAUGCUGAUGGGGUGAACUGGAAGACAGCCAAAGGGCACAAAUAUUCCUACAAGAUGGCAGAGAUGAAAAUGAGGCCCAUGUAG